AUGGGUCACGCCGCAGACGCUGAUGCGGGUUACAUUGCCCUCUCGACCUACCUCAAGCAGUACAAGGUCGGAGACAUUGUCGAUGUCGUCGCCAACGGUGCCGUCCAGAAGGGUCAGUCGCUAGCCUCGCCCACUAUGCCCUACAAGGUCUACCACGGCAAGACCGGUGUCGUCUACAACGUGACCAAGUCCGCCGUCGGUGUCAUCCUCUACCGCCAGGUCGGCAACCGUUACAUUGAGAAGCGCAUCAACGUCCGCAUUGAGCACGUCCGCCACUCCCGCUCGCGCGACGAGUUCUUGACCCGUGUCAAGACCAACGCCGAGAAGAAGCGCCAGGCCAAGACCGACGGUUCCCACGCCUUCCUCAAGCGCCAACCCGCCAUGCCCCGCGAGGCCCGCACCAUCUCCUACAAGGAGGCCAAGCCCGAGACUCUUGCCCCCAUCGCCUACGACACUGCCAUCUAA